AUGGCUAGUAUCUCAAGUAUCCAUUCUAACGCAUUCACAGGAUUAAAAUCUCUCAAAUUUCUAGACUUAAGUGGAAACUAUCUUACGAAAAUCCAUCCUGAUUCACUAAAGGGCUUAUGGACAUUAGAGACCGUGGAUCUAUUUGAAAAUAGUUUGGUAUACCUUGACAGUGGUGUGUUUUCCAAUAACCAAAAUUUAUCUCGCCUCAUCCUGUCGGGAAAUCAAUUAGCAUUUUUUAAUCAAAGUACUUUUGACCCUGUUAUAUCUUCGCUUUUGUAUAUUGACAUAUCCCAUAACCAAAUCGCAUGUGAUUGCGAUUUAAUGUGGCUUGUCCGUUUGGUCAUUAGUACACCUGCAGUAAAUCUUCUUCAAAAGGAUAAAACGAUUUGUGGUAUAGCAUCGUUAGAGCCACUCAGAGACAAGCCUUUCCUAGACUUCAACCCCACUGAACUGUGUGGUUUCAACUUCUACAUCGUCUGUUUGCCUUCAAUUGCUGUCAUUUCCUUGAUAGCAACCAUUAUGUUAGUUUAUCAUUUUCGAUGGCAGUUACGACGCUGGCUCUUUCUUCUAAAACUGGCCGCAUUUGGUUACAUGGAGGUGCGAGAUCCUCGAGACCAUGACGAUUACGAGUACGACUUGAAUGUCAUUUUCCACGAAGAUGACGAAGCAUGGGUCCGGGAACAUCUUCGAGUGGUCAUAGAAAAACGGCUUCCACAGUUCAAUAGGAAGGUAUAUGGUGAUGCCGAUCUUGUCGCAGGAAUGCAUUACUUAGAGGCGGUCGACUAUGCGGUUACCCGGAGUUACAAGACGGUCGUAGUGCUCAGUAGGGCCGCUAUCAAGGAUCGUUGGUUCAUGCUCAAGUUCAGAACGGCUAUUGACCACGUGACGGAUACCCAGACUGAGUUUGUCCUUUUGUUAUUCCUGGAAGACAUCCUUGGCGAAGAACUACCUUUCUUAGUUAGGUUGUGCCUUAGUGACGGCAGGCCGUACGUACAUUGGCCUGAAGACAUUAGAGGACGGGAAUAUUUCUUCGAUGAAUUGACAGCAAGGUUGACCGUUAAUCUAAAGACAAAUGAUUUGAUUCCCAAUGAAUGAUAUUGAAAGACCAUCUUUAUUGUGGAGCUUCAAGAAUUCCUGAUUGUCACGUUGAAAAUGCAUAUCGCUUGAAAGCAAAUUUCUGACUUCUAAUUUGUUUUCUGGUUGUGUUAACACAAAAACAUAUAUAUACGUAUUAAUCUCGUACACAGCAAUCAAUUUAGUUUGCUAACUUUUCUCAGUUUGUAACCUUUUCUUUCCUUCUUCUGUUGUUUUUACUCUGUAACUCGGCUUUAAAAAAAUCUGCUCCCACGUUUUCGACGCCUUUGAGUGUUUCAAUGUGAAAACGGUAUAAUUGUAGCGCAAGUGGAUUAUGGUAAAUGACGUAUAUAUAUGUUGAAUUGUUAUCAUUUGAGUCUCCAUGUGACACUGAUAGCGGUUCAGAUUUUAGCCCUGGAGGUUGGUAGAAUAGCACCACCCUAAGGGAUAUGAAUGAGUGCAAUUGUGCACAUGUAUGUGUGCACUGAGCACCCUCUAGGGUGCAGAGAUGAACGA